UCUCCUCACACCAUCAUUCCAACAACUUAUUUUGAGAACUUGGCCAUGGCGUUCAGCGGCGCUCAGAUUCUCACUGCCUUCACCCUGGGCUUUCUUCUCAUGGCCUUCUGUGCGGAGGCUCGCGUAUGCACGACCCCUAGCAAGUGGGGCCAAAGGAGCAUGUGCAAGACCACGGCUUGCAUCGGGGCCUGUCAGUACGAGCACUUUAAGGGUGGGUACUGCUCCGAUGAGAAAUCAAUUGUUGGCUACGAGGUCAACGAAGACAACGACGGCAACUACUUUCACAUACCUAAGAGAAAGACGUGCAUGUGUACAUAUGAAUGCAGGAAAAAACCCACCACCACUGUGAGAACCUACGUGCCUAAGCCACCGGGUGAACCCGAGGUGCCCGAUCCUAAGAAGAAGAAGAAGCCGCCGCCAUAUGAACGUGAUGUGCCAGAGCCGCCCUCGGGAGAAAACAAGAAGAAAAGCUUCCGCCAGCUGCCAACCAGUGAGAAAAUGGUCUAGUCCGCCCAUCCAUGGAAAAUGAUUUCAAUAAGAAAGGAAUUAAUCAA